GGGUUUGUUUUCCCUCCCUCAAACAGCUCCACUUUGAUCUCCCUUUGGCCCUGGCCAUUCAUGUCUGCCUCAUACCUUUCUUUGGCCUCGGUGCUGUAAAUUCAGCGGAUCGCAUUUACAGAAGGCACCGAAUAAAUACUGAAGGGAGGAGUAGCAAAUACACAUGGGGGCAGAGCAAACUGAAGGAGAGUUCAUGAACUAAAUGUAAAGUUCUGGCCCUCCUCCCACACAAGAAAUAGAGAGAGCUCUGGUGUGAAGUGUGUGCAACAGAAUAAUAGCAGCGUCCAGAUUAAAGUUAAAUUAUGUUCAUUUGCUGGCUUUUAAUACAUCCUCAUUACUUUUUUCUUCUUCUGACCCAGUACUGUAGUUGCCUCGGGGAAGAUAUCGGCUCAGGAUUAGGAGAAUGAUAUUGUUUCUGAGUGGGAUCACAAUACAAAAAAGUUUAAUAACCACCUCCAUACAUUAUUAUGCCAGUUCCCCCUGUGGCACCUUCAAAGAAUUCCAGUUCUUCGAAAGACUGGGAAAGGGCCUCUGGGAUGGAUUUUGGCAGCUUGUGUUUGACCUACACCCAGCGUUCUCAGUCUGUCAAUGUACCUGUGAGAUGGCUAUUUAGCUCACAUGCUACUACUGCUCACCUUGCUCCUGGAUGGCUUGUCCCCUUUCAAAAAUUGACUUUAUUUCUCCAGCCGAAUUUUACCAGGAUAAACUGGGAGCUCCCUAUUGAAAAAAAUUAGGUUUUUUCCCCUCAAAUGUGAUAUACAUAUUUGAUUGUUGAUCCUAAAGAGACAAUCACCCAUGCUGAGAGCAUGCAACCAGUAAAAGGAUUAUUUAAAGAAAACAGGAACAUGAAAGAGUUGUAGGAAUAAAAUAGGAGGAUCAAGUGAAUGAAAUAAGUUGUAAGUCUUAUCACAUAGACUAGUUCCACUGAUUUUGUUAGGAAUACGUAAAUACAAAUAUUGCACAACUGAUUUUUCCCUUCCAAAAUCUCAACCUGGAUUUAGUUAAUAUUAUUAUUUGAAACUGAGGGGAGGGGGGGGGGACGACCACUUUCAAACACAUAAAUUCAUAGUCAGGCACCUGUAAGGGAGUCUUAUUGCUUGGCAUCCAAGAAGAGAGGCACUCAAAACUCAGCAGCCACUUGUGAAAAUUUGCCUGCCUGCAGCUUUCCCAAGGAGAGACAGGAGGUUUAUGGCAGAUCUCCUGAGUCCUAAUACAGCCGCUUUACUACAAGGCCUGCCUUCCUCUCCUCAAUAUGAUCUUAGGGCUUGUCUACCUAGGGAAGUUUUCUGGGAUAAGGUAGGGUGGGAAUUUAAAGCACAGUAGCUCUUCUGAUCAAUUUCCUCAUGUAGACAAGCCCUUAUUACAAGUCUUUCUGAGAUCUGAGUACUGUGUUCUAAGUCAUUCAUUAUGGUAGAAACAGCAUGUAAUUGAGAAUUUUUCCAAGGACUUAAUGUCAGUAACUACAGUAUGUAUAGUAAUCUUAAAAGAAAAGCCAGUAAAAUAUCUAGAGGAAAAAAAAAUUUUAACCCUCUUACAGAAAUACUGGGUUGUGCACAUAAAGAGUUGUGAUGAAAGCAAAAGAUAGAUGCCUCCUUACAUUUUCUUUUUCCUUUUAUUAUCACUGGUGACUCAGACAACACAUUUUUCUCUUUCUGUUGUACCUAUCGCCUUAUCCUCUUGUCUCUCCUCAGGGAACGUAGUCAGUUUUGAGGAACCUAAUUGAAAAAAAGUAACCUCAUGAGCUUUAAGAAGUUGUUGGAAAAAAUUUAAAAUUUCUGUGCAGAAGGGACAAAAAGGUGUAUUAGCUUCCUCAAGUGGAUUAAACUGGUCUGAGCCCAGGAAAUCCUGCAAUAUUCCACCAUCAUAAUAGAUAUGAGAAUUUGUUCAUUACAGUGCAUUUCCCAAUGCAACACUGAACUGAGUUAAAACAACCCCAGAAAGGAACAAAAGGACACUCACCCUGGCCUAGGAAUAGCAUGAUCCCAGCAGCAACAGAAGAAUGUGGGUUUUAAGCCUUCCCCAGAACUUUGUCAUAGGGAAUAGGGCUGGGUGGAUAGCAUACAGAGGUCCCAGCAUCUAACAGAGCUGAUGAUUUUGUCAUCAUGACUUUUAGAGUUGCAAAGCACUGUGCAAAAUUACUCCAAUAGCUGGAGCUUUAAGAGAAACAAGCAAUUAUUGCAAGACUUACAACGAAUUCACAGAAGUUGCCAACACUGAAGGUGCUGUGACAUCAAUUCCCCCCCAAGGCCAUCCAGCUCUAUCUGCAAUGUGAUGCCCCAGCCUGCACCACAUUAUGACAAUACAGCUACCAGAGGUCUCAUGGAAGUAUAGAACAAGCCCUGGGAGGGUCCAUUUAUAAGAUUGGAAAUAUCUGCUAUAUCAAGUCAUCCGUCUGGAUGUGGAGGUCUUUUGAGAGAGAGGAAAUUCAGCAUUGAUAAACGGAUUUGUGGAUUUGCAUGGGGUAAAAACAGAGCCAAAAAUAAACGUCUGAAAUUGAAUCUCAGCACUUGAAUGAUGGCUCCUCAGCUGUAUACACAUGCUUUCAAUAUCUCUUCAGUAGAGAAUAGGAGAUUGUGUAUAAAUGGAACACCAUGGAUUUGGCAUCUCUUGGAAGAAUGUGUAGAAAAUGCGUGGGAGUACUGGAGCGUUGUCAUAGGACUGAUUUCCAUUGUCUGUUUUCUGUUUGCUGCACUACCUCAACUUUAUGUUGCUUAUCAGAAUGGAAAAGUGGACCAAGCACUCUCUCUGGGCUUUUUGCUGUGUUGGAUUGGUGGGGACCUUACAAAUUUCAUAGGCUGUUAUUUAACAAAUCAACUGCCAAUUCAGAUUGUCACUGCCAUCUUUUAUGUUAACAUGGACAUAAUUGUGAUCUCACAGUUUGCCUACUAUAAGCUCAAGAAUCAGAAGACAACAAAAUGCAGCAUAAACCUGAAGAAUUUCUGUGUAACCUGGGUCUUGAUGUGUAUAACAUUGUGUGUAAUUUUACCCAGUCAGCUACUGCUACGAAACCAAGACCAGAGUGCUGUGCUGGAAGCUAGCAAGAACACUCUUGGUAUGAUAGAAAUGUCAGGCUUCAUUUGUGGCUAUAUAUCUUGCAUGUUUUACUUGGGAUCUAGAUUUCCCCAGCUGUAUAAAAACAGGCAAGGAAGGAAAACUGCACAUCUUUCAGAGAGGACAGGAGAAGUAGAUCUGAACCUGAUGGUGGGGGCAGAGUUCCAGAGAAGGUCCACAGAAGGCACAUCUUACCUGCUGUUUGCAUUAGCCAUGAUGGGAAACUGUACUUAUGGACUGAGCCUUGUUUUAAAGAUGCCUGCAGCUGAGGCUCUCAGAAACCUCUACUUUUUACACCAUCUUCCGUGGCUCAUUGGGAGCUUUGGAGUUCUGUUUCUAGAUAUUUUUAUGACUGCACAAUUUAUUAUGUAUCGCAAGCAGAACAAGAGAAGACCCAGUUUAGUGGCAAUAGAAGUGGAACCAUUACUUGUGAACGAAGAGGAUUCCUAACAUCUCUAUGUACUGUUAUUUUUUUUCAAUAAAGUUUACAUUUGGAGGACUUGAAGAUUUUUCACAGAGUAAAGAUUAAAAUUGCAUAGGGACCAAGCUUAUUGUCAGUGGCUUAUUCUUUGUAAUAUUGUGAAGAUACUACAAAAGAAAAUAUUAUUUAAUGUCUACUGUACUGUAAGUGCUGAGAUGGCACAUGUAAUCAACACAUUUUCUUCUGAAUUACCCCAGUUUAGUCUUUUGUCUCUUGCAAUGUGUUGUGUUCUACAGUGAGGAGUGCUUUAGAAAUACCUAGAAUAUAUAAUCUCAUGGUAUAUUCCAUAUUGUAAAAUAAUUCAGAAGUGUGCCGGAUAUACUGUUGUAAUUCAGUGCAGAUAUUUCUCAACCUAGCAAGCUGUUGCGGCAAAAUGUAGUAUAACUAAACUGUAAAUGCUAAGGCCAUCUGAAUAUUUUUAAUCCUGCCACCAUAUGUAAACAGCAGGCCUAUAUUUUGUAGAUACACAUAUAUAGCUCAUUAAUGAUAACAUGGAAAUAUGAAGACACCAACUGAAAUUCACCCAUGUGCCACAAGUCCUCACAAUGCAUAUAUAUCACUUAAGGACAGGUUUCAGAGUAGCAGCUGUGUUAGUCUGUAUCCGCAAAAAGAAAAGGAGUACUUGUGGCACUUUAGUAACUAACAAAUUUAUUUGAGCAUAAGCUUUCGUGAGCUACAGCUCACUUCAUCGUAGCUUAUGAAAACUUAUGCUCAAAUAAAUUUGUUAGUCUCUAAGGUGCCCAAGUACUCCUUUGCUUUUUUGCAUAUCACAUAAGGUUUUUUUAAGCCUUCAGAAUAGGGUGGUGCAUAGGCCUUGUGUGGGCUCUCCAUACAGGGCUGAAUUUCAUCCACCUCAAGAGGAGAAUGAAGCCUUUAAAUGCCUUUAAUUGAGUGAUUUUAAUCCAAAGGCCAAAUUCUGAACACAUAAGCACAUGUAAUGGGUCUGUUCAUGUAAUUCCCAUUAAAAUAAUUGGGAGCCUCACACACAGUCCAGUAUAGAAUUUUACUCUGUGCAUUUGUUCUCUUCUUGGUGUGUGCACGUUAUUUUCAUUAAGAUAAUACCUGUUUAGUGUAUGUUAUGUGGAAUGUACUUAUAAAUUACUUUAUAUCUACAUUUUGCACAACCUUCCUCUCUUUUCAGCCUUCUGCAUACGUAUGGUCUAAUAAUUAGAAAUUAGAGAUAAAAGACUGAGUGCAUUUUUUUUCCUAAUGCAGGAUUACUGAGAGGUAUGUCUUUAAUUUUAUAUACUUUGAGCAAUAGAGACAAGGAAAAAUAAAUCAUUUUGUCCAAAAUGUGUAUUGAAAAGUAACUAAACUUUUUGCUGACAAAAACUGCCAUAAGAUUGUCAACAAAACAAUUCUCACCAUCUUAAAAGUCUAAAUCUUGUGUCUCUUCAUAUGGAUUAUUCAGGAUUUUCCUUUUGUAUAAAUUCUGAUAACAAUGUUAAAAGGGACACUUAAUUUGAAACGUAUCCAAUUUAAAAAAUAAUAGUUUCAGUUACUACAUCUGCCCCUGAGUUCCCCUGCUAAAUUUUGUGGUUUUACAUUUUCUAAAUUUUAAAUCCUUUUCUGUCUUGUCACACAUGUAUAAAAUGAGAAAAAAAAAUUAACUGUGGGGAUACAGUCUGUACAGUAAGUGCUGUCAAAUGUACAGACUGAAAAUAAAGUUAAUUCUGUAACCUUUCACUAGAGUUUAAAUAUUACUUCUAAAAACAUGUUAAGGAUCAAAUAAUUUUUAAAUUAAGACAUAAAAUAAUCUCCCAUUGAAGUUGGAAUGAUCUAAUCACUGCAGCAGUAUGCUAUGUGACCCCGUUAGAGCAAGUUAAAAUCAGUCAUUAGUCCACAAAACCUAAGACUUUGCAGAUAGUAUGAUAAUGUUACAUAUUGUAGGUAGCAUCAAAUAGCAUUGUAUGUACUGUAAAUAGUUGCAACAGUUCUAUAUUGUGUAAUACUGAAUGUGAUACAGUAAAUAUUGACUGGUCAAUGUAAUUAACAUAUCUUUCUUACUCAGCAGUAAUUCUAGGGUUUCUGUUUGUGGUUUUAAAGUUGCCACAAUAGCUAAGAAAUGCUGAAGUAGUGAGCAAGUGGAAUUAUCCCACUGAGUAUCUUGGAAGUAUUCCUCCAAGUGCUUUUAAGAUACAUACCCGUAUUAGGCAAUUCUUUGCUUGACUUUAGUGGGGCUUUCUGUGCGCACCUGGGAUCAGUCUGCUUGGAGAAGUUUGCAGCAUCAGGUUCUAAGUGUAUAUUUGAGAUGAGUAUGUAUACUUCCUGAUUUCUUAAACUGUUGGGAGGGUGGGUUAGAAUUUGAUCUUUCCACUGCAUAAAUUCAGAAACAAUUUGUCUCACUUGUAGAUUUAUAUGCUGUAUUUAAGAGAUUACCCAAAAUCUUCCCUUGCUGGUGAUUUAAACCGUAUCUUGUUACUUUUUAAUGCAGUUAACAUUUGUUCUUGUAUCAUUGCUUCAAGGAUUAUCUUCCCUUUUCAUUACAUUUAGUAAUCCUGUUUUGUGUUGUGUGUCCUGAGUUUAUGUUGCUAUGGUUUAUUGAAACAACCAAAUAUAGGUGAUAAACUAAAUCACAGUAAAUUUUGUAAGAAUAUUGAAAGAUAAUGUAACAUCUUAAUAUAUAACAAUAUUAAAUAUUGUCAUUAUUUAUUGUGUGUGCAUGCACAGGUGUAUAUAUUUAGGACAGUGUAUAGUUUUAAUUGAAUACUUUAGCUUUAAUAAAAAUAGGUGUCAAGGUAAAUCUUUUGCUGUAACUGUUAACCAAAUAAAUAGUUAUUUCUCAUA